AUGUGCUGUGCCGUUUUCAAGAGAGUAUGUGUAGGUGUAGAAAAGGAAAAUGAAGAAAAAGCCACAGCGGAUGAAGCCCAAAAUGUCGAGAACAACGGCGUCGAGUACAACGGCGCGAAGGAGCAUAAGGGCAACGAGGCCGAAGCUGAUGCUGACGGGGCCGAAUCCUCGGAGAUUGUGAGAAUGGAAGCCAUACUGAUAAGCUAG